CACUCUGGUCUCUCUACCCACCAGCUGACUUGGUUGUGCCUCGGAUUUUCGUGCUUUCGCUCUAAGGUCAUACUGAGCACGUCUUAUUUUGUUGGCCCCACAGUUUUUCACCGAAAAGGUUUUGCGCCAGGAUCAAAAGCAGGAGGAACUAAAAGAUGGGAGCCCGACAGUCUCAAUCCCGCGAACCCCGCUCCGUUUCGAUGGAAAACCCAACUCCUGCCGGUGUUAUUGACAUUUCCGACGAUGUGGUCAAGCGGUUGAAGGCCGGAAUUUCCCAGCAGGCUCGUGAGCACGCCGCCGCCGCGGAAGAUUCGAAGCCAGCGCCCAAGGCCGCUCCGAAGGCUGCUGCCAAGACAGCCACAUCCUCGCCAGCUGCUGUUCCUGCUCCCAAAGUGCCCUCCUAUCCCGCCGCGGUGCCCAUUUACGUGCAGGGAGGCGGACACACCAUCAGUGCGGCCGACGUGCAGCGUCAGAUGAACCAGGAGCUGGUCAAGAACGACGAGCUGUGGAAGGAGCGCAUGGCGAAGCUGGAGGAGAACCUCAAGAAGACCAACACCAUCCUGGAGAAGGAGUACGCCAACGCGGUGGACAACGUGCACAAGCGCUUCGUGAGCACCGCGUCGUCGCACAAAGUUCCUCCCUGCCAGGACCUGAAGUCCCAGCUGCUCGCCUGCUACCGCUCGCAUCCCGGGGAGACCCUGAAGUGCAUGGAGGAGGUGGCCCAGUUCCGGCAGUGCAUUGACCUGCACCGCGUCCAGAAACUGGACGCAGAACCAGAGGCUCCGAAAGCGGCCACCAAGGCCACCGUUCCUGCUAAGGCGGCCUAAAGAGUCUUGUCCUGAUUUGUUGAUCUUUUCUUUGAGGCCCCUUAUGGGCCUUGUAUAAACGAUGGAGCGAACGAAAGUGUCAUUGCGGGCGAUAGUAAACUAAUUUAACUGAAUCAA